AUGAGUCGCGUGUUUUUUGAUAUUACUCAAUCUGGCAGUAGUCUCGGUAGAAUUGAGUUUCUUCUCUACGACAAAGUUGUACCGAGGACUGCCAAAAAUUUCCAACAGCUUUGCGAAACCAAGAUGUACAAGAAUUCCAAAUUUCACCGGGUCAUCAAGAGCUUUAUGAUUCAAGGCGGCGACUACACAAAUCACAACGGAACAGGUGGUCGUUCGAUCUACGGUGAGAAGUUCAAUGAUGAGAAUUUCGAUUUAAAACACGACAAACCAUUUCUCUUGUCCAUGGCCAAUGCCGGCCGCAACACCAAUGGAUCACAAUUUUUCAUUACAACAGUGAAUACUCCCCAUUUGAACGGAAAACACGUUGUUUUUGGAGAAGUUACUAGCGGAAUGGACGUUGUCAGAAAAAUCGAAGGGACUCAAACUGAUAGGUCCGAUAAACCUCUGGCUGACGUAAUCGUUUCUGAUUGCGGAAAUCUUUAGUUUGUUAACUUCCUUUUACUUUUUGGGUUGUUCUUUUUAUUCGAAUUUU